AUGGCAAGUCCAGAUAGAAGUAAACGGAAGAUAUUAAAAGCCAGAAAAACAAUGCCUUCCAGUUGCCGGAAACAAAUAGAGAUCCUUAAUAAGUCAAAGAAUGUUGAAGCACUGAAAACAGCAGUUGGGAAUAAUGUGUCAAGUGAAAAUCAGAAUUCAAGUGUUGGUGUCAUAAAUAACAAAUGUAGACAUUCCGAAUAUGAUGCUUCCUCAUUGGACUCAGCAUGCUCACAAAAAAGUAAAGUUUUUUCUCAGAACUUAAUAAAACCACUAGAAUUUGAUUUGGAAACAAGAUUGCAGUACGUUGAAGAACAAGUUGUAUGCCCUUAUCAAAAGCCAAGUAAAUCAAAAGAAUCUCCCAGGAAACUGUCUAUACAAGAGGCAAAAGAAUCACACAACACUUCUGAGAACUGUAACAAGACAAAUGUAACAGGAUCCUUUUUAGAACAAUACAAAGAGGAUUGUAAUCUGAAAUCCCUUAGUAAUCCCUGUAGUAUAUUGAGUGGUAUAGUUCUAAUGCCAAAUUCUGCAGUAAUCAGUACCUUGAAUGAUAACAGAAUUGACAAGAUGGUUUCCCAUUUAGAAAUAAACUCCAAUUCUGCAUCACAAGAUAAAAGGCAAAAUGACAUUUUGAUUUUAAGUUCAGACACCUAUUUUGUGCCUGUUGAUAAAAUACCUACGGCAGUGAAUUCAGUCAUUUCUAGUACUGCUGACAGUUUGAAAGGUGAAGAAUCCUGUAGAACUUGUUAUUCCAGCAUUUUAAAUGGUGAAAAUACAAACUCAACAUGGUUGUCAUCACUUGACACCGAUAAUAAUAACAGCCAUAAUGAAAAGAAGAGGAUGUUUUCAGAAAACAAAGAAAAUGUUAAGCGCAUGAAAACUUCAGAGCAAAUUAAUGAAAAUAUUUGUGUAGCUCUGGAAAAGCAAACAGCAUUUCUGGAACAGGUCAAACAUUUGAUUCGACAGGAGAUCUAUAGUAUAAAUUACAAACUAUUUGAUAACAAACUGAGAGAAUUGACCGAACGCAUUGGGAAGACACAGUGCAGGAAUAAACAUGAAGCAAUAGCUGAUGAACUCUUCGCAAAAAUAGCGAAACUUCAAAGACGUAUUAAAAAAGUAUUGUUAUCUCAAAGGAAUUGUAUGGAACCAAACACGUUAUCCAGUAAUACAGCUUGUAAGGUUGCAAAUUCAGUAACUCUGAAUUUGGAUAAGAACCCAGAGUCAGUUAAUAGUCCAGAUGAAAGAAAGACUUCUGUAAACUCUGAACCUUCUAACCCUUCAGAAGAAGCAACUGAGAAGAUUGAUUUGUCACAGGAUCAUUAUGAGCCUGUUUCUGAAAGUAGCAAUGAUGUUAUGUUGAUUUCUGUGGAAAGCCCUAGUUUGACAACACCAAUUACAGCAAAUCUAACAGAUACUGGAAAAAUUGCAUCAAGAAAUACUAAUAAUUUACCUAAUGCUGAUACUGAAGUUAUGAAAAUUCCGUAUCCAUGCUGGAGUCAUCUAUGA